GGGUGUUGUACGAACAAAGUAUCUGGCAGAGACCAGUUCACGAAGGUCACCAUUGUCGAACACGAGCAUGGCUUCGCAUCGUCAGCACUCAGUAUUGGCCACAAUGCCCUCCUCAACAUCGGAUCCACUAUUGCAUAACAUACCCAUACCCUCUUUUCUUACUUCAGCAUCCUCUGAAUCGUUUACAUGGCUUUAUACCACAGCGGCAUUGAUCUGUGCUCUCCUCGUUCUCGAGCAGUCCGUGUAUAGGUACAAGAAGAGACACUUGCCUGGUUCUUCUUGGACAAUUCCCAUCAUCGGGAAGUAUGCUGAUUCGCUCAAGCCCACCAUGGAGGGCUACAUGGCACAGUGGAACUCAGGUGCUCUCAGUGCUGUCAGCGUCUUCAACAUUUUCGUUGUUAUGGCUUCGUCGAACGAGUACUCGCGUAAAAUCCUCAACUCUCCGAACCAUGCUGAGCCUUGCCUCGUUUACUCUGCUAAGCAGAUUCUUAUGCCUGAUAACUGGGUAUUCCUCACAGGCAAAACCCAUGUUGAGUAUCGUCGUAUUUUGAACACUCUUUUCACGCGCAAAGCUCUUGGCAUUUACAUUGGAGUUCAAGACGCCAUUUCGCGCCAGCACUUCAGCAAGUGGCUCUCUGAGGCGGCCACAGAUUCUUCCCCAAAGCCGAUCAUGAUGACCGCAAGGGACUUGAACAUGCACACCUCUUUGAGGGUCUUCUGCGGUAAACACAUUCCCGAGGAAGGCGCCGUUGAGAUCAAUCAGAAAUAUUGGGACAUCACUCAGGCCCUGGAGCUUGUCAACUUCCCACUCGCUAUCCCCGGUACUAAGGUAUAUAGGGCCAUUCAGGCUCGUAAAGCUGCUUUCAAAUGGUUGGAACUCGCUGCUUCCCAAGCUAAAAUCGCUGUUGCUGAGGGUGCUGAACCCGAAUGUAUGCUCGAAGAAUGGGUGAAGGAGAUGCAAUCACCCAGCUACAAGGGCCGCAAAGAUUUCAGCGAUCGAGAGAUGGCAAUGGUCGUGUUUUCGUUCUUGUUCGCUUCCCAGGAUGCCAUGAGCAGUGGUUUGAUCUACGGUUUCCAGCAUUUGGCGGAUCACCCUGACAUUCUGGCGAAGAUCCGGGAGGAGCAAUACCGUGUGAGAGCUGGUGAUGUGGACAAACCGUUGACUUUGGAAAUGCUGGAUGAGAUGCCCUACCUGAAAGCUUUCGUUAAAGAAAGCAUGAGGGUUAAGCCUCCUGUUACCAUGGUUCCGUACAAAGCCACGAAGGCAUUCCCCAUUUCGGCAGACUACACAGUCCCAGCUAACAGCAUGGUCAUCCCGUCGUUCUAUAACUCCCUCCACGACCCGACUGUCUUCCCCGAUCCCGAUUCUUUAUCGCCGGAACGCUGGCUUGAUCCUCAGAGCUCGGCUAACACCAACCCUAAGAAUUAUCUCGUGUUUGGGAGUGGUCCUCACAAAUGCAUUGGUAUCGAGUACGCCACCAUGAACAUUGCUCUUAUACUGGCAACCGCGAGUGUAAUGAUGGAUUGGGAGCAUGAUAUUACUCCAGAGAGCAACAAAGUCAAAAUCAUUGCGACUCUCUUCCCCUUGGAUGGUUGCCGUCUGAAGCUCAGCCCCCGUAAGCACGUAUAAUGACUGUGUAUAUAUCAUAUUUUAUACCUCUUACAAUACCCACCACGACCACGCCGAACUAAUCGGGUUUUAUCGUACACAACUAUGUCUCAUGUCUCACUGAUGGUCGAUUGUCAAUUGAAGUAAGGUUUCAAUGCAUAUUUGCUGUCUCCCCAGGAAGUGUUU